UCUAUGAAAUUUUUCUUUAGAAAUUUUUGUUACCGAACGAGGCGCAAAUCCUGCCACCGUAUAAUUCUUGACAGAACUAUUUUUUUUGAAACACGGCCCCUUAGGGCCCGAUUCGUUAAAAAAAGGUCGAAGCCGCGCAAACAUCCGCAUUGCCAGACCGGCACCUGCCGACUGCAAAGCUGCGAGCGUCCAACCCAUGGAGCGUGCAAACGGGAUCCAAAGCUCUUCAAGGCGAUGGCCCAAAGAGUGAAGCGACGAGGUCGACGCCGUCGCCCGACCCUGCCGAGCCUUAGGAUUUCACCCGAAGAGCAAAUCCGAGGGUGUAGGAGGAUGUGGGGCUCCACGCCGCCGCCUCCAAGGAGGUUAUUCGACGCUGACAUACGCCGACGCCGCCGGCCGGCAAGACCUGGCAAGCUUUCGCCCGGAGCAAUCCAACACCACCAGCACCCCCACUCAUAGCACCUCCGCUGGCCCACCCACCUCUCGAAGAGCCACCACGCCGGAAAGCACUGAAGAGCCACCAAGCUGCACACCUCCUCGCCGGCCAAACACCGACGAGCCAGAACCGGCCAGAUCUGGAAUCCCACCAUCGCAACACCACCAGGAGUCACCAAAGGAAAGCACACCGUCGACCCGCGUGAGGACGCACCCACAGAGCAGGGAGGGGGCCGCACCCCGCCCCUACUUGCCGGAGAGGAGUAGCUGGCUUGAAGACCAGAGCCAGCCGACGAAGCUACCGCGGCUGCCACCCGCGAGAGCCCCUGCUCUGGAGCCGCCACGUUGGAGAAGAUCUGCUGGGGAAGAGCCCAGCUGGCCGCCGGCGGAGCAGCCGAUCUGACUGGAUCCGUCGGGCCAUGAAACAGGGGAUCGAGUCUCCCCUACCCCGAGCUCCCGUGGCUAGACGAGAGGAAGACGACCCCGUCGCCGCCGUCCACCACGCGGGCUUAGCCCGACAGCCUCCUCCGGCGACGGCGAGGGGAGGGCGUGGGGCGGGAGGGCAGCGCGGCCGAGGCUUCCGCUCGUGUCGCCUCGGAUGAGACAACACAGAGGGGAGUUGCCGUUGGAAGCUCUUUUUGGCAGAACUAUUUACAGAACAAGGCGCCUAGCAUUUUAGUUUCCAAAAUGGUAUUUUGAUCGGUUGCUUUUGGACUGGUCUUGUAAAUUCCUUUUCGGGAUGUUUUUUUGUCUUCUAUGCGAUAUUCCGUUGAUUAAGUCAUUCUGAAUUCUUCAUCCCAAAUUGUCGAUAAAUUUCAACUAAAAAAUAUAUAGUCGAUAAAUUUAAUCAUCGUGGAUGCAGUGUUUUUUUCCGGUAGCAUCGGAAUUUGCCAGUAGCAGCUGAAAGAAAGUGAAACCAUUGGUGAUUUUUUUUUGUUUUUUAAAAUUGGGGAUUUUGUUUUCUUUUGAGAGAAAGGCGAAAUAACAAGAUUUCUUUUGAGGAGAAGCCAAAUAACAAGAUUUCUUUUGAGGAGAAGGCAAAUAACAAGAGACGAGCUGUUCAUUACUAUGCUUCGGUCCAGCCCAACUUCGCAGUCUCCAGCCCACCUAUGACUCAGCCCAACUUCUAAGAAUCAAAGCCAGCAGCCCAGCAGCACACACAGCGCUUCGUCCAGGUCUUGUCUUGCUCCUCUUCCUCGACUCGUCCGUUCAGAGCUCGUUCGCAGCCACAGAGACGCGCCGCCGCCCCGCCCAGCCCUGCCAAUCCUACCCUAGGCAGCGGCAGCCUCCUCCGGCCCUUCUCCCCCGCUUGCCCUCGUGCACGCAGGCGCUCCGCAGCGCGCGCGGGGACGGCAGCCGGCAGGAGUCGCGCAGCAUCACAGCCACCAGACAGCAGCCUGGAGCAGUGGUUGUCUGCAGUGCUUUGGUUGGCUGGCAGAAGUCGAGGGGCCGGGCGUCCGGAGCUAGGGUUCGGCUCGCUCACACAGGCGCACUUCGCCACGCCCCGCGCCGGAGUGAGGAGGUCGCGACCAGUCUCCGCAUCCAGCGCAUCGGCCGUUGGAGCCUUGGAGGGACGCCGAGAAGACUACGAGUAUGCAUGAUUUUUAUGCAAGCAGUUCAGUUACUCCUCCCCCUGCCGAUGUUGAGCCUGGAGUUGCCCCGGCUAACGUGACUGCAAAUCCCCUUCCCUUAGUUGCUGUGAGCACAAUGCCUCCUGAGGCUGAAGCCCCAAAUGAGGAGAGCAAUGGUACCACAUCCGAUGAGAGUACAAACCGACCAAGGCAGCGCAUACUAGAAUUUCAUCCAAGUAAAAUUAUUAAGAAUGACAUUGGAGACAAGAACUUCUCAAUCCUUAUUGAUGAGGCUAGAUAUUGCUCAGUAGAAGAGCAAAUGGCAGUGACUGUGAGAUUUCUUGAUGACCACGGGGAGCUCCAGGAAAGAUUCCUUGCAAUUAAGCACAUCACGGAUUGUACAUCUGCUGGAAUUAAAGAAGCUUUGGUUGAUGUGUUGGAUUAUCAUGGUUUGCAAAUUUCUAGGCUAUGUGGACAGGGUUAUGAUGGGGCUUCAAAUAUGAGAGGGGAAUUCAAUGGUUUGCAAAAAUUGGUUAGAGAUGAAGCUCCAUAUGCAUUUUAUGUUCAUUACUUUGCUCACCAGUUGCAGUUGGUGGUUGUCAAUGUUGCUCAAUGUAGUCCUGCUAUUGCUGAUUUCUUCAACUAUAUCCCACUUAUAGUGACUCAAGUGCGUUCAUCUUGCAAGAGGAAAGAUGCAUUACUGGCCAAACAUCAAGACGAAUUGUUAGAUUUGAUGGAGAAUGGAAAGAUUUCAUCCGGAACCUGGUUGGAUCAAGAAUCUAGCAUAACAAGACCAGGAGAUACUCGUUGGGGCUCACAUCUCAGAACCUUGCUUCGUAUAUUCACAAUGUGGAAUGCUGUGGUGGAUGUGCUAGGAAUUGUAGUGGUUGAUGCUCGGGAACACACUUGUCAAGGUGGAGCUUCAGGUUUGCUUAUUAAGAUGGAAUGCUUUGAAUUUGUGUUCAUCAUGUUUUUCUCAAUAAACUUGUUGAGCACCACAAAUUAUCUAUCGCAAGCUUUGCAAAGAAAGAAUCAAAAUGUUGUUGAAGCCAUGCAUUUGAUCUUAGAUGUGAAAGAAAGCUUGCAAGACAUGAGGGACAAUGGGUGGGAGUCUUUAUUCAGUCAAGCCAAAAACUUUUGUGAGGCACAUGACAUUGAUGUGCCAAAUAUGGAUGAUCUUGUUGGAGCUAUGGGUCAAUCUGUUCGCACUAAGAAUAAGGUGACUCGACUUCACUAUUACAAGGUUACCAUAUUCAAUGUUGCCAUUGAUGCAACUAUCACUGAGAUGAAUCAUCGAUUCAAUGAAGUUUCCACCGAGUUAUUGGAUUGUAUUUCUUGUCUUAAUCCGGCAAACAACUUCUCAAAGUUUAAUGCUGACAAACUUAUUCGGCUUGCUGAAAUUUAUGCUGAGGACUUUACGUAAGCUGACCGGUUGUUGCUAAGAUUUGACCUUCCAAGAUUCCUUAUGAACAUUAGGAGAAGUGAGGAAUUUAAUGGAUGCCGAGAUGUGUCCACACUUGCUCGAUUGAUGGUUCAAACAAAGGAACACACAUCUUUCCAGUUGGUAUAUCGCCUCAUUGAGUUGGCGUUGAUUCUUCCUAUGGCAACUGCACCAGUUAAGUGAAUAUUUUCGGCAAUGAAGAUCAUCAAGACAGAUUUGCGUAAUGAGGUAUCAAAUGAAUGGCUAAAUAGAUUAAUGGUGUGCUACUUUGAGAAAGAGAUAUUUAGAAGCAUUCAUGAUGAUCAAAUCAUGAUACAAUUCCAGAAAUUAAGGCGUGAAGGACAUUUGCCUCAUGAGUUCAAUGUUAUUUCUUAGAGGCAUAUGCCAGUUUUACUAGUGUUAAUAGUCAACAUUGCCCUACUAUUCUAUCACUAAUAAUUGUGCUAAUCUGGGCAGAUGGCUUGCGGCUGGUCAUUCGGGCAUACAUUUCUAUAUUUUGGUUUGGAGGUGUUCUACCAUAGCAUUAGUUUGAAACAACACUGUAUCAUUGUUUUGGUCUUCUAGUUGUUGCUUCUCUAGUACUUGAUGUAUUGGUGUGUGAACUGUAUGAAACUUCAAGGUAUGGUCAAACAUGUUACUAGUAUUGGUCUUAAAA